AUGCACAAUCCAGAAUUCUUGAGCUUUGAAGAGUCUGCAUCGCUGGGGGUUUGGCUGGCGACGGUUGUACAGGUACUUUACCCUGUGAUGAAGCUUCCAUUGCCAUCUCCACAUAUCCUCGCCAAUUCGGGCCCCGCCCUGCUCGUUUACGGCGGAAGCUCUGCUACGGGAACGAUCGCGAUUCAGGUGGCCAAAUUAUCGGGAUGCCGUGUUUAUGCUACUUGCUCGGCCGCAAACAACGACCUUGUUAUGUCUCGCGGUGCAGAAAAGUGGUUUGACUAUAAUCAGCUAGACUUUGUCGAGCAAAUAGAGGCCGCCGGGUUGUCAAUCACGCAUAUCGUGGAUUGCAUUGGAACGGAGGAGUCGGGUAUCGCUUGCAGCAAGAUUCUUGCGCUCGCAGGGGGGCACUAUCACUCGAUUAGGGUCCCCUGUCCCGAGUCCUUCAAGGAAAGGAGACCAGAGGAUACCGCACUUGCAACCACGGCUUUGGGAUAUACAAUGUUCGGCGAGAGGUUCGAAUUCCCUGGUGUAGCAGAGUACCCUGCCGAGCCCGCGAUGGAGGAAUUUGCCAAAAAAUGGGUCCUCGUCGCCGAAGAACUCGUCAAGACCGGAAAGGUCCAGCCGCAUCCGCUUGAUAUACGCGGAGGAGGCCUGGAGGGACUACUACAGGGUCUCCAGGAAAUGAGGACACAAGCACCUCGAGGAAAAAAGAUUGUAUACUCGCGAGAGUGGGGUCUUAUAGAAGCAGACGCCGGACUACCCAUCGAAAGUGUGACUGAAAAAGUCGUAUGUCUCCCAGUAGCGAUCAAUGCAGUUGACAGAAGUACUUUUACUUAA